AUGGUACUGUGUGGGCAGCUGAAAGGGGGCAGGGGUUCUGGUCCUCCAAGGGUGAGCCUGAUUGCUGGGGUCAGAAUCACCAAGGUGGACUGGCAGCAUUCAGAAAAUGGUACUGCCCACCACACUCAAGAGUUCCCUAGCUCUGAGCUGGUGGUUCGGAGGGGCCAGUUAUUCACUCUUACCCUGGAGCUGAGUGGAGUCCUGGACAGCGAAGAGGCCCUCAUCUUCACCACGGAGACAGGGCCCCAUGCGUCUGAGGCUCUCCACACCAAAGCUGUAUUCCAGACAGCAGAGCUAGAAAUAAGUGACACCUGGACAGCGGCAAAGGGGGAACAGACAGAGAAUACGAUCACCAUCAGCCUCGGGAGCCCUUCCAAUGCCGUCAUUGGCAGGUACCUGCUGAGUGCCAGGGCCUCUUCCCGCCGGAAACACAGUGACCGAAAGCUGGGCCAGUUUAUUCUCCUGUUCAAUCCCUGGUGCCCAGAGGACGAUGUGUUUCUGGACUCGGAAGAGGAGAGGCAAGAGUACGUGCUUAACGACAGUGGCAUCAUCUUCCGAGGCGUGGAGAAGCACAUCCGAGCCCAGGGCUGGAACUACGGGCAGUUUGAAGAGGACAUCCUGAACAUCUGCCUCUCCAUCCUGGACCGAAGUCCUAGGCACCAGGAUGACCCAGCCACGGAUGUGUCCCGCCGCCAUGACCCUGUCUACGUCACCAGGAUCAUCAGUGCCAUGGUGAACAGCAACAAUGACCGGGGUGUGGUACAAGGCCAGUGGCAGGGCAAAUAUGGCGGUGGCACCAGUCCACUGACCUGGCGUGGCAGCGUGGCCAUCCUGAAGAAGUGGUUUCAGGGCAGGUACAAGCCGGUCAAAUAUGGCCAGUGCUGGGUCUUCGCAGGAGUCAUGUGCACAGUCCUCAGGUGCCUGGGCAUCGCGACCAGGGUGGUGUCCAACUUCAACUCAGCCCAUGACACUGAUGGCAAUCUGAGUGUGGACAAGUAUGUGGACUCUUUUGGCCGGACCCUGGAGGACCUGACAGAAGACAGCAUGUGGAAUUUCCACGUCUGGAAUGAGAGCUGGUUUGCACGACAGGACCUGGGCCCAUCCUAUGAUGGCUGGCAGGUUCUGGAUGCCACGCCCCAAGAGGAGAGUGAAGGCAUGUUCCAGUGUGGCCCGGCCUCAGUCACCGCCAUCCGUGAGGGUGACGUGCAUCUGGCCCACGAUGGCCCCUUCGUCUUUGCUGAGGUCAACGCUGACUACAUCACCUGGCUAUGGCAUGAGGACCAGAGGCGGGAGCGUGUGUACUCGGACACCAAGAAGAUUGGCAGGUGCAUCAGUACCAAGGCCGUAGGCAGCGACUCCCGGGUGGACAUCACAGGCCUCUACAAGUAUCCAGAAGGGUCACGGAAGGAGAGGCAGGUGUACAGCAAAGCAGUGAAGAGACUGCUCAGCGUGGAAGCCUCGGGGAGGAAGAGGCGGGUCCGCAGGGCUGGAGUGCGCGGAGCCUGGCGCGAUGACCUCCUGGAACCUGCCACCCAACCCAGCAUCACUGGCAAGUUCAAAGUACUGGAGCCACCGGUGCUCGGCCAGGACCUGAAGCUGGCCCUGUGCUUGACCAACCUCACCUCCAGGGCCCAGCGGGUCCAAGUCAAUGUGAGUGGUGCCACCAUCCUCUAUACUCGGAAGCCAGUGGCAGAGAUCCUGCGUGAAUCCCACAUGGUGAAGCUCGGGCCACUAGAAGAGAAGAAGAUCCCAGUCACAAUAUCUUACUCUCAGUACAAAGAAGACCUGACAGAGGACAAGAAGAUCCUGCUGGCUGCCAUGUGCCUUGUCAGCAAGGGAGAGAAGCUGCUGGUGGAGAAAGACAUUACUCUGGAGGACUUCAUCACCAUCAAGGUGCUGGGCCCAGCGGUAGUAGGAGUGGCGGUCGCUGUGGAAGUCUUGGUGAUCAACCCCCUCUCGGAGAGCGUAAAGGACUGUGUGCUGAUGGUGGAGGGCAGUGGUCUUCUCCAAGGACAGCUCAGUGUUGAGGUGCCCAGCUUGGAGCCACGGGAGAAGGCCUUGAUCCAAUUCAACAUUACCCCCUGCAAGAGCGGCCCAAGGCAGCUGCAGGUAGACCUUGUCAGCUCACAGUUCCCAGACGUCAAGGGCUUUGUGAUCAUCCAUGUGGCUACAGCCAAGUGA